GAGGGGGAGGAGACCGAGGAAGAGGAGAGAGUGUGACGCCAGCAGCGAGCAUGGGAACUGAAUGAUCAUCACAUCGUUCUGUUCUCUCUCUCUCUUUCUCUCACACACACACUCCUCCUUUUCUAUUGCUUUCUUCAUUCUCCAGCACUGACUGCCUCUGAAAAAAACACACUCAAACACACACACAAAGCUGAGGGGGAUCCACACACACACACACACACACUGCAUCUGAUGACAGACCCUCUUGGCUAUUCUCAAGUGCAUUCAGUUGGGACAUGACGUGAGUGUGUGUUUAUUUGUUUGUGUGCGUGUAAGAGCAACCAAGAUGUGUGUGUGUGUGUGUGUGUGUGAGAGAGAGAAACUGUGUAAGCGUCAUCUGUAAACAUCUGGUUGGAAGACUACUCCUCUGCUACCGUCAGCUUGCCUUGGCUAUCAGGCAGUGAGCAGACUGAGAGCUGAUUUGGGGAGUUUGGGGAUGUGAGGAAGACGAGGACUCUUUACUAUGACCAACCAGGACAAGUGGGUCACUCUGACCCCUGCUGAGUUCUCUCUUCUGCAGGAGUACGCUCAGUACUCCACCAAAAAGCUGAAAGAUGUGCUGCAGGAGUUCCAUGGAGAUGGAGUGUUGGCAAAAUAUAACCCAGAGGAGAACCAGGAUAUACUCAAUCAGGAGAUUGAUUUUGAAGGCUUCAAGGUCUUCAUGAAGACAUUUCUAGAUAGCGAGCUUGCAGAAGAGUUCUGUCAACACCUUUUCUUAUCAUUCCGUAACAAAGGACCAAAGCCCAGCUCAUCUACUACAGACAAGCCCAGAGUUACUGGUCUCAAGCUAAUCAAAGGGAACUCAACCCCUUUGAAAGUUUCCACUCAACCAAAGCCUCUGCCCAGACCACUAGGCCUGGUUCAACUAAAGGACAUCGUCUGCUAUCUCUCACUGCUGGAGGGGGGCAGGCCAGAGGAUAAACUGGAGUUUAUGUUUCGGCUCUAUGACACUGAUGGAAAUGGCUGUCUGGAUAGUUCGGAACUGGAGCACAUCAUCUCUCAAAUGAUGCAUGUUGCUGAAUACUUGGAAUGGGACGUGACCGAACUAAAACCGAUUCUGCAGGAAAUGAUGCAGGAGAUUGAUUAUGACAAGGACGGCACCGUGUCUCUGGAGGAAUGGAUCCAGGGGGGAAGCACCACCAUUCCACUGCUUGUACUGCUGGGCUUGGAGACGAAUGUGAAAGAUGAUGGGCAUCACGUGUGGAGGCUGAAACACUUCAACAAGCCGGCCUAUUGCAACCUGUGUCUGAACAUGCUGAUAGGCCUGGGCAAGCAGGGGCUGUGCUGCUCAUUCUGCAAGUACACGGUCCAUGAGCGCUGCGUGGCUCGUGUUCCUCCUUCCUGCAUCAAAACCUAUGUCAAGACCAAGAAAAACACAGAGGUGAUGCAUCAUUUCUGGGUGGAGGGAAACUGCCCAACCAAGUGUGACAAGUGUCACAAAACCAUUAAGUGUUACCAGGGUCUGACUGGGCUUCACUGUGUGUGGUGCCAGAUCACGCUUCAUAAUAAGUGUGCAUCUCAUGUGAAACCUGAGUGUGACUGUGGACCACUGAAGGACCAUAUCCUGCCCCCCAACACAAUCUGUCCUGUUGUGCUGGAAAGACAGUCUACGUUGAAAAAAGAUUCAAAGUCCAACCAAUCAGCAAGCAGAGGGAAGAUGCAGAGAGCCAACUCUGUGACAGUGGACGGCCAAGGCCUGCAGAUCACAGCCAUAGAGGGCACUCAUCCUCUGCUAGUGUUUGUGAAUCCAAAGAGUGGAGGGAAGCAGGGAGACAGGAUCUACAGAAAAUUCCAGUAUCUCCUGAACCCUCGGCAGGUAUACAACCUUGCCAAAAAUGGGCCCAUGCCCGGGUUAAAUUUCUUCCGGGAUGUUCCAGAUUUCAGAGUAUUGGCUUGUGGUGGUGAUGGAACAGUUGGAUGGAUUCUGGACUUCAUAGAUAAGGCCAACCUGGCCAGGAACCCCCCUGUGUGUGUACUUCCUCUUGGAACAGGGAAUGACCUGGCACGGUGUCUGCGUUGGGGAGGAGGUUAUGAGGGAGAGAACAUUCUGAAGAUCCUGAGGGACAUUGAGAACAGCUCAGAGGUGAUGUUGGACCGCUGGAAGAUCAACGUCACGCCCAACGAUAAGGAGGAGAGGGGAGACCCUGUACCUUACAGCAUAAUCAACAACUACUUCUCCAUUGGGGUGGAUGCUUCCAUAGCACAUCGGUUCCACGUGAUGAGGGAGAGACACCCUGAGCGUUUCAACAGCAGAACAAAGAAUAAGCUGUGGUACUUUGAGUUUGGCACUUCUGAGACCUUCUCAGCCACAUGCAAGAAGCUCCAUGACUAUGUGGAGGUUGAGUGCGAUGGCAUCACUCUGGACUUAACCAGCAUCUCUCUGGAAGGCAUCGCCAUUUUAAACAUUCCCAGCAUGCACGGUGGUUCCAACCUGUGGGGUGAAAGCAGGAAGAGGCGUAGCAACCGUUGGGGGGGGAAGAAGGCCCAGGAUAAGAGAACAACAGUGUUGGACCCCAAAGAGCUUCAGUUUGCCGUUCAAGACCUGUCAGACCAACUGCUGGAGGUGGUGGGCCUGGAGGGAGCCAUGGAGAUGGGGCAGAUCCACAUAGGCCUGAGAAGCGCCGGACAGCGCCUGGCCCAGUGCUCCGCUGUCACCAUCAGAACCACCAAAGCCCUCCCCAUGCAGAUCGAUGGAGAACCAUGGAUGCAGACUCCCUGUACCAUUGAAAUAGUGCAUAAGAACCAGGCACCAAUGCUGAUGGGUACCCCACAAGGCAACAGCUUCUUCUCAUCUGUCAUCCUGCGGACGUGCAGCGAGAGUAAAGACUGAAAGCCUGUCUUAGCCUUUGCCUCUUCUCCUGAAAGACGACCCCUCAUUGCUACGAAGUUAUCGUGCUAGGAUGCUAAUGUGUUAGAACACCUCUAUUUGGGUCUCAGUUAUGAUGCUAAGAUGUAGCGGGACAAGCUACUUCCUAUACGCACAUGUCAAUGUACCCGUUGAUUUUUUUAGAGGAACUAUAAGGUCAGAGGUUUGCGAUGUGUUGGCGUCACUCCUCAAUGCCUACACUGUGGCAGUGUCCCUAAUGCACAGAUGUUUACCUUUCCAGACUACAACUUUAUACAGUUACAAUGGCAACACUUUUCUAAAUGUAGUUUUAUAGUGGUCUUGUGCAACGUGCCAUGUGGAACAAGUCCUUUUAUUAAAGGGAUGUAUUUCUGUCAAUCACUGAAUGUAAUUUUUGCGAUAAUGUAUUGACUUAUGCUGCAUUAAUGUUUUUUAAAUUGUUUGCAUUUGAAAACCCCUAUGCAUGAUGGACUUUGGAGUACUGUUUGACUGGGUGAACAUAUCUUUAAGGAGGUGGAAACACUGGGCUAACAUGGAGUUGAUGUGCUGUAUAGCAGCGUUUGGUGUUAGGUACACAUUUCUUUGGGCACUUUCUCCUCAAUGUUCACUUCAUGAGAGAACAGAUUUAAGAAUAUGAAAUGCCUUGUUACAGAGCAUGUUUCAAUGAGAUGAUAACAUUAAUUCAUUUUAUUAUUGGUCACAGAACUAUUGAAUGACUAAUAAUUGGUAAUAAAUGCAUUACACACAUACAUACACACACAAAUACCUGUACAUACAGUACAGUACUUUUUUCUAUGUUUUGCAGGAAUAUGCAGACAAUUUCUUCAAACUGUGCUGUGCACAUCUUGAGUUGCAUGGAUAACCAAGAUCUAUUUUUAAAGCUAUAGAAUUGUACAGUGUUGGUCAUUUUAGAAGUUAUACAGUUUGUCAGGUUUCAGAUAAUGCCUUUGACUCACACUAUGUAAAAUCAUAUCAACCUGAAAUCAACCUUUUGUUGUCAGAGAGUCCUGCUUUUCAAGGUAUUUUUAUGGUUUAAGGUAUAAUAUUUCACAAAGUUUUCUACAAUAAUGAUGAAACAAUACAGUUCAAAUAAAUAUUUUUUUCAAUUAGAACAUUCCAGAUGCAGGUUUGGACCUGGUUAGAUCAAGACCUGCAGUAUGAUAUUUAUUUAUUCAGUAUUUCUCAGCUGUUUAACAUUAAGCAUGUUUACAAUACAUCACUUAUACAAGCAUAUACUGUAUUAAACAAUUUUAACUUGAGGCCAAUUUAUUUUAAUUACUAUGGACAUACCUGAAAUUGAAAACCUUUUCCAUGUUUCUUUUCAAAAAUGUAUUGUGACUGUUUAUGAUCUUUCCUCUGGUGUCCAUCUAAAACACUAAUAUAUUUUACCUUAAUACAUCAACUGCGAUUAACAAAACACACGGCCAUAUUGAGUUUAGAUUGAUAUACUAUUUAAAAUUCUUCAUUAACACAAGAAUGAAACCCAUGAAUUAUGUGGAUAUAUUCCUGCAUGUUUUCUGAGUACAGUUCAAGGGUGGAAAAAUACUUUACUGGAUUUCUGUCUGCUCAAAGUGCCAUCUUGCAUAUGGAAGAUUUGGUUCCUCCACGAUUUCCAAUACAUUGCUUUGUAAGUGCAGUAUUUGCUUUGUACAGUGAAGUAGGCAUUUGUACCCCAUGUUUUCUUUUCCGCAUAACAUUGCUAUUCUCUGUAAAUCACAGCAAUUUGUUGUUCUGCUCAAAAACAGCCUGCCUAUUUUGAAUGAGAAACAAAAAAAAACAAUAAAAUGCUG